AUGGUUAGUGUGAGCCACACACCAACAAAUAUGAUUAAGCCAAGUGGAUAUUUGGAGCCGUGGGUCAUCAUCCUCAUUUCUUUGGCUGCUACCGUGGUCGGUGUUGGACUGUUAAUAGGACUCAGUUUUUGCCUGAUGAAAUUUUCUUUUGCCCUGGGAAAUCAAGGCACUUAUUACCCACAUGAUCUUGGCCUUGGUCUGAAUUUGGACUCAGGAGUGGGCUCUGGAAUGGUCCUCAGCUUGGAAAAUGAACUGGUUCCUGGAGGAGGAUUUCUGAUUGGACCUGGAGAAGCACAUGGCUUUGGACAUGAAGUGGGCCAUGGUGUGGGUUAUGAAUUGAGCCACAGCCAUGGAGAUGAGAAGAAAACACUCUGCACCACCCUCCUGCUCCUACUGCUUCUACUCAGUUGUUCAGAAUGGGGUGAGUCCCUUAAUUUUGGCAAGAAGGAGGCAAAGUUUCCAGGGCCUGGGAGAGAUAGGGUCAGGAUCCCUGGAGAAGGAACCUCUUUGGACUCAGGCAGGGCUAGUCUUAAGCAAAAGCACGGGAUAGUAGGAACAAGCCAAAAUGUUACCAUUAAGAAUCCAGAAACCAGCCUGGAGAAAUCAGGGACCACAGAGAACUCUCCCCCUGCAGACCCAGGGACCACUGGGGACUCUCCCCCUGCAGACCCGGGGAUCACAGAGGACUCUAUCACUGAAGACCCAGGGAUCACAGAGGACUCUAUCACUAUGGACCAACAAAUCACAGAGGAUUCUACCACUGCAGACCCAGGAACCACUGAGGCCUCUCCCACUGCAGACCCAAGGAUCACGGAGGACUCUCCCACUGCAGACCUGGGGACCACUAAGGACUCUCCCACUGCUGACCCAGGGAUCAUGGGGGACUUUAUCACUGUAGACCCAGGGAUCAUAGAGGAUUCUACCACUGCAAAUCCAGGGACCAUACAGGAUUCUCCCACUGCAGACCCGGUGAUCACAGAGGCCUUUACCACUGAAAAUCCAGACACUCAACCUGAAGGAACUACCCCUAAGGAUCCAAUAACAACAGUGAUACCCACUGGAGUCCAGAAAUCCAUUAGAAUCAUCCUCAUUUCCCUGGCUGCAACCACAGUCACUGUCACACUCUUUGUUGGACUUGGCUUCUUUGUGUUAAAGGCUAUCCAGUGGCUUUCUCAAGAAGAAAGAAAAGCAGCAGAAAUGCUAACAAAAAACAAGAAGGAAGAGACCUGUGAAGAUGAAAAUGUGAAACUCAGUGUCCAGCCCACUCCUUGA